AUGUCUGAUCGUAGCGAGUCCGUGGAUUCUGACGGCGAGUCCGGCUCCCACCACGCGGACCAGCCCCCUGCUCGAAAGAGACAGCGCGUGAGGCUCAGCUGCCUCGAGUGUCGUCGCCGUAAGCUCUCGUGCGACCGCGGCUUCCCGUGCGAGCGCUGCAUCAAGAGCGGCACGCCGGACCGGUGCUCGUACGAAUCCCGUACCGGCGAGGUCGUCAACGCAUCGGCCGGCGUCCCCCCGCAGUUUGCUCAGCUCGACUCCCGCCGCUUCGGCCUGGCCGACGCCGUUGCCGGCUUCGCCUCGCGCGACCCAGACGUCCUCCGACAGGACCACGACCGCAUCCGCCGCCUCGAGCUCGAGAUUGCCCAGCUCAAGACGCAGCUGCUCCGGCCCGGUGCCUCGGCCUCGUUUGACGGCAGCACCAUUGCCGGCACCAACUCGCCCGCCACACAAAAGGACGAGACCUCACCCCAUGACAUUGACCCCAACGCGCCCCGGCCCGAAAUCCAGGAAUGCAUCGAUGCCACCAAUGCCUCUGACGAAAAGGUCGAGCUCCGCUUCUUCCGCGGCAAGGGCUUCCGCACGCGCUACUUUGGUCCGCACAAUGCCAGCAUGGCCUUUGUCGAGCUGACUGGCCUCUGCCCCUUCAUGCGGGAGACUGCGGACGAGUGGCUCCGCCCCGUCAUCAUCCACGACCGCAAGGAUCGCAAGCGUCGCCAAGAAACCCGCGAGCUCAUGUUUGAGCAGCCGGAUCCCGAGCUCGAGUCUCUGCUACCUAGCAAGGAGGAGGCGGACGCGCUCGUGGCUAUUUACCUCGACCAGUUCGAACAGAUCCAUCGCAUUGUGCAUAUCCCUACGUUCAAGAAGGAGUACGAAGCCUACUGGACACCCGGCGCCAACAAGCGCUACGCUGCCUUUACAGCCAUGCUGCUGGCCAUGAUGGCUGUCACCAGCACCGUUCAUACCCACGAGGGCCUCAAAUUUGUGGGUAUGAUGUCGAGUGCCCGUCACUGCGCUGAGAAGUGGAUCAAGGCAGCCGAUGACUGGCACAACAUUCAGAGCCAGAAGCAUCGCCGUCUCAUUCAUUACCAGAUUGCCUGCCUGCUGUACCUGGCCAAGCGUGUCAACACGUACAAGAAGAAGCGCUUCUGGACCGGCUCUGGCGCCCUCAUUCAGAAUGGCAUCGCCGUCGGCCUCCAUCGUGAGCCGAGCCACAUGGCCAACAAGAUCACCAUUUACAACCAGGAAAUGCGUCGCAGGAUCUGGACUACGAUACAGGAGUUUGACAUGCAGGCGUCGUUUGAUCACGGCCUGCCCACACUGCUGAGCCAGCUGCACUACGACACCAGUCCGCCUCGCAACCUCGAUGACGAGGACUUUGACGAGCACACAACGGAGCUGCCUCCCUCCAAGCCUGCCAAAGAAUACACAUACUCUUCCUUCCAGAACUUGGCGCGCUCGAGCUUGCCACUACGUCUGGAACUCAGCCGUCUGCUCACGGGUCCAACGUCGGAUAUUGAUUACGACCAAGUCAUUCGCUACACCAAUGACUUGACGCAAGAGAUUGAUGCCCUGCCUUCCUGGGAUACCAAUGUGGAUCCAAACGUUAGCAAGAAGAACCCGCUCAUUGCAUAUACAUUGCUGCAUGUGCAGCUGCGACAGUACAUUAUUCCCCUGCAUCAGCCAUACCUCAAGCUGCGCAAGCAAAAUUCCAAGUAUCAAUACUCGGAGAUUAUCUACUACAAUGCCGCCCGAGACAUCGUGCUGCUGCACGACAAACUCUACGAGCAGGGACUCCGCGCUCUCAACUUUUUGCGAGAGGAUGCCCUAACCACAGCCAUCAACCUGUGCAGCGUGACCAUGCUGCAGCCCAAGGGGUCCACCAACAUGAUUAUGAUCAACUCGCACCACACGCUGAAGCUCAUUGAAAAGUGCAUCGGCAUGAAAGAAGACCGAUUGCUGCGCUGUGGCAACAACGAGCCGUGGGGGUACUCCAUCAUGUGCGCCGCCCUGGGUCUACUCGAAGCUCAUCUCGGCACCAAGCCAUCCGAGGUGGCCAAGUCAUCGUCUGCCGAGCGCUUUGUGAAUCUACACUACCGCCUGCUGGCCAACCAGGAACCAUCCAUAUCUACGAGCCAACUGGCCGAGGUUGGCAUGUCCAUGCCGCCACCAAUGGCCACUGGCGCGAGCGUCGGGCUGCCGCUCGACGUGCCCGACAGACCAAAAGUAGGCCACGCGCACGCCGACUCCCCAUAUAACGCUAACCGUUCCCAGUCCGCCGCCAUUUCGUUUCCCUUUACGCCACCCAUGCCGUCUGCGCCACUGGAUCCUUCCGCUGCGCCGUGGCUCAUGAACACUGGUGACACCACACAGCCUUUCAAUCUCGACCCAAGCCUAGAGCUGCUCGGCAUUAAUCUGAAUGAGCUAUGGGGUGAGUCUUGGGAGCUUGGCUAA